CGUACUUUCAAAAUAAUUUUUCGUAAGAGCUCCAAAUAAGACUUAUGUGUUAUAUAAAAAACGGUUCAUCUUUUUUCGAAAAAAUAUUUUUUUCGAGCUAAUUGGCCCAACUUAACCUUUUAAAGCAGAAAACACUUCAAAAAUUUAGGUCAAAUAUAGACUUAAACUAAGAAUAAAAUUUAUUGCACUAUGAGGUUCAUUGAUAUGGUAAAGUUAUAAAUAAAUCAAUUAGAAUUCAAAAAACCAUGCAAAAUAAUUUAUCCUCCAUCAAAAUUCAUAAAUCACUAAUAAUAUGUGCUUCUUUGGGAAAAUAUGAAAAUUUUGUUUUUUUUUUAUCAUGAACAAACACUAUUUAACGUUGUCUGCAAAUAUGAUUAUAGAUAUUGUGCAUAUGAAUUUUUAUUCCAUAACGAUGACACUGAUGAAGGCGAUGGACGGUGGGAAUCAACGACGGUUGGCGCUGGCAACGGGAUUUAAUGGCCGAUGGGCAGCGGCGGAUAUCGACGACUAGAUUAUGGAGAGUUUUACUAGUCGCCGGAGCGUAGAUUCAGUUUAUUUUUUAUGUGUGUUUCAGAAUGAAAUAUAUGUUAAAAAUAAAAUGGGAGAAGGGUAAAAAGAUAAUUUUAAUGUUUAAAUUAGGGCGAUUGUAGUGAGACUAGGGCGGCAUUUAGUAGUUCAACUUUCAUGCUAACCCUUAUAGGGGUUAGCACUGUGAUAACUAGCAAAAAACGCUACUAAAAAUAACGAAAUCACUACGGAUUAUUAUAAAACAAUACAACAUCUAAACUAAAUCACUACUAAUUCAAACUAGUAGUAGUUUUCCCUUGGUUCGGACGGUGCUAACUAUUGUACAAUUAGCACCGUAACUCCUCCCGGCAUUUAGCUUCUGGACCAAAUAUUAUUUCCAUGCAUGGCGAUCCACUGUGCCCAGCAACUACAAGAAACUUCACUUUUUCUGCGACGGAGUUGGCCGUCGCAGAAGAGCCUAAAAAUUCGUCGCGAAAACUUUCUGCGACGAUUUAUAGCGUCGCAAAAGGUAAAAAACCCUUCGUCGCCUAUACAGCGUCGCAGAAAGUUUCUGCGACGAAAAAAAAACUGAUUCGUCGCUGAAGGACAAUGACUCAACGACGACCAUUUCGUCGCAAAAGCAUCUUUUCGCGAUGACAGUUGCUCCGUUGCAAAAAAUGAGGCUGUUUUGCGGCGGUUCCGUCGUUGCGGAAAGUUUGAUUUGCGACGGACACUUCGUCACAGAAAGUUUGAUUUUCCAAAUACUUAAUUAGCGUUAUUCCAAAUUAUUUUCGGGUUAAUUUCAGUAUAGGUCACAAUUUAUUUCCCGGUUAAUUUCUGUAUAGGUCACAAUUAUUAUUGUCAGGUUCGUUCUGGUUCCUUACUUAAUCAACAUCAAAUCUGCAAAAAUUCCAGGUACGCCCAAAUACAUUCACUUUCAUCUCCUUUCCAAAAUGCAGAUUUGCAAAGUCCAAAUCGCAAACCUGGAAAAAAAUUAUAUAAAUCAAAACUCAACAAAUUAUCUCAUGGAACAAACUAUAAAUCAUAUAAAAAUAGAAAAUACUGAUUUGAACAAAAAAAACCCCAUGAAACACUGAACCGGCCACGGUCCAACCGCAGGUCACUUGCGGUUGGACCAUGGUCGAACCGCAGGUGACCCGCGGUUCCCAUUUUCUGUGUUUUUAUUUUAUUUUUCCAGUUAAUGUUUUUACCUCGUCGGAGUCGCUACUCAUGAUUCAGACGUCCUACCGACGAUAUCGGCUUCAAAAUUACGAUGAUGGAUUUUUCUCUCCUUAGAUAGUGUUUUUUUAGUCCAAGUGGUGUUUGUUUGGUAAAGGGAAGCUAAAGAAGCUAAAGGGUUAAAAGUGUAACUUUGAUACUUUUUAGGGCGACCUUUAGCAAUUUUAAGGGUGAUCUUUAGCAACUCCCUACUAAUACUACAUUUUACUUUGGGCACUAUACUAAUACUACAUUUUAUUGUUAUCGAUCCCUUCAAGCCACGUCCAUUGCCCCAAUGUCAGUACCACUGACUUUCCUGACUAGAGGUAACCUCAACCUCCUCUAAACGAGUUCUAACCGCCAGCAUACAAAUCCGGAAGGCAAUGGUCAUACAACCAUAUUCCAUGUUCUGCUUGCGAUACAACCUGAAAAUAAAGGUAACUUUGUUAUCAAUCAGAAAGAUAAAACCAUGAGACAAGAGAGAAGAAAUGAUUGACUUACAUGAGUGAAGCGAUUAACCUUCGACGAAGUCAAAAACCCAUUCAAGUUCAGAGUGUGGUAUAGGAAGAGGAGUAAAGGAGGAAGAUAUCACUGAUCAAACAUCGUCUUCUACUUGAUUAAACUCCAUUCUAUUCACCAUGGACUUAUAUCGGAGUUGAAAUCUUCUCUUGCCUAGCUUCAAUCCCCCAACAAUCAAAACGUAGUUCUAAGAGAUCCCAGAAGAUUGGUUUUCAUAGGCGGCCUUGUAGUGAGAAGUGAAAGGGAGCACUAUGGAGAGAAUUUGAGAGGAGUUUAGGAAGAGACAAGAACAAUGAUAAAAAAGGAAACAUUUUAUUUUAAAUUAAAAAUAUGCAAGAACAUAAUACAUAAUAAAAUGAAUAGUUUCUUCCAUGUUAGUCAAUUACCAAUUUAAACUUAGCAAAAAUUAAGAAGAGAGUAGAAAUUUUAAAAUGAAGAAAGUUACAUGAAACUCUACUAUGAAAAUCGAUGUAUCAAGCACUAUAAAUAUACUUACAUGAGUCUUAGGGGUCGUUUGCUUGUUGGAUUUGGGUCAUGGAUUUGGUACCCAAAUCCCAAGCUUGAUGGAUUUAACAUAAGUCCAUUGUUUGUUGAAGGGUGCUAAAUCCGUGGGGUCCACGGAUUUGGUCUUUAUUUUGGAACCAAAUUUUUGGACCCCACGGACUUAUAAAUCCCACAUAUUGAUUUGGGAUUUGCAAAUCCUUGAUGGUUAGUUAUUUAUUUAACAAAUCCAUCAUCAAAUCUAUCAUGCAAACAUUAGACUCUUCAAAUCCAAAAUCCAAUAAAUCCAACAUAAAUCCCAAGGUUUUUAUUGGCCAAAACCCUCAUUUUUCAAAUCCAACAAGCAAACAACCCCUUAGUGGGCUAGCUAAUCAUGAUGGAACAUUCCUCAUAUUUUCAGAGUUUAACUUUUUGUAUGGUUUGUUUUCAAAAAACUGCAACAAAUUUGUUUAAUGUAAUUGGUUAUGUUUGUUGUCUUUGUUUUAAAUAAAGAAAUUGUAAAGACUAAAAUACUAUUCUUUUUUUUUCCAUGAGAUUUGAAAGGAAAAAAAAGUACACAAAACUCUAUUAUUAUUAUUAUAUAUUAUUAGAGGAUUAGGCGUAUCAAACUUUGAAAUUCUGCCACAAUGGCUUCCGUGGUCCUCCGAAACCCUAAUUCCAUUCCCAAGCGCUUGCUCCCGGGCUCUACCCAAAUCUACUGGGGCUGCCGGGGAUCAGCCAGUACUCACUCUUCUAUUCUCGAUUCUAUCAGUUGGAAUGACGCGACUUCUGCUCCAUGGUGGAGAUACAUGGCGACUUUCACCAGAACUAAACCUCAUGUCAAUGUCGGCACAAUUGGGCAUUUCUAUAAUGGAAAGACUACCCUAAUUGCCGCAAUUACCAAGGUACUAGCCGAAGAAGGCAAGGCUAAAGCUGUUUCGUUUGCCGAAAUUGAUGAGACCCAAGAAGAGAAAAAGAGAAGAACUAGUUUUGCCACGGCGCACGUGGAGUAUGAAACUGCAAAGCGUCACUAUGCUCAUGUUGAUUGCCUUGGACAUACAGAUAAUGUUAAAAACAUGAUUGCGGGAGUUUCCCAAAUGGAUGGUGGGAUUUUGGUUGUAUCUUCUUCUGUUGGGAUCAUGCCUGAGACCAAGGAACAUAUGUUGCUUGCUCGCCAGAUGGGUGUGGGGUCGCUGGUUUGUUUCCUGGAUAUCUGUGAUGAUAUCAAUUUUGAACCGUUUUUAGAGAUGAGAGAACAGCAGAUUCGUGAGGUUCUGAGUUCAUUCAAGUUUCCUGGGGACGAAAUCCCUAUCAUCAGGGGUUCAGCCUUGUCUGUUUUCCAAGGGACUAAAGAAGAACUUGGGAAAAAAGGCAUUUUAAAAUUGAUGGAUGCUAUGGAUGAGUUCAUUCCUGACCCAGUGCGCCAACUUGACAAGCCAUUCGUGAUGCCAAUUCAAGAUGUUUUCUCCAUUCAGGGGCAUGGAACUGUUGCAGCUGGCCGUGUGGAACAAGGGACAAUCGAAGUUGGCGAAGAAGUUGAAAUUUUGGGACUGACAACAGGUGGCGCCCAGAAAUCUACUGUGACUGGUGUCGAGAUGUCCAAGAAAAUUUUGGGCCGAGCUGAAGCUGGUGACAGUGUGGGUCUCCUCCUGCGUGGUUUGAAAAGUGAAGAUAUACAACGAGGACAGGUUAUUGCCAAACCCGGAUAUUUGAAAACGUACAAGAAAUUCAAGGCAAAUAUAUAUGUCCUCGACCGCGAUGAGUGUAGUUCUUUUACUGCCAUCUGCACUAACGACAGGCCCCAGUUUUACAUUAGAACUGCAGAUAUUACUGCUAAGGUAAACUUGCCUGAAUCGAAGGAGAUGGUCGUGUCGGGUGAGGAUACCACUGCAAACGUCGAGCUGAUUCAACCGGUUCCUCUAGAAGCUGGACAGAGAUUUGCUUUGGGGGAGGGAGGAAGGACAGUUGCAGUAGGCGUUGUGUCGAAAGUAAUUAGCUAGAGUUUGUUGUUGUGAUAGAAACCUAUUUCUAGGGUUCCUAUCGGAUAGGAUUGAGGAUGAGGUUUGAUUGAUAUUUGGGAAUAGAAAAUGAGAAUUAGGGAUUAGAAUAGAGAUUUAGGGAAGAACUUGAGAAUAUGAGGAAGAAAGAUUGGCCGGUGGCCGAUUAGGGGGAGUGGAGAGUUUUAGGGAUUUGGGGGAGAUAACUUUCUUAUUAAUUUUUGCUUAAUCGAACAAAGAACCCCAAAGUAUAUAUUUAUAGCUAGAUACUGGAAAACCCUAAUAGACUAUUCUAAUAUGACUCAAAGACUACUAACCAUAUUUAGAUAAAUACUAAUACUAAUAAUAAUGAUAGAAUCCAGAAAUUAGGUUUCUAUCAUCCCCUCCCCCUUAAGACCAACCUUGCCCUUAAGGUUGCAUUCAACUUUCGUGUUCUUGACCUCCCGCUUUCUUCGUUUCCAAUUGGGCUCCAACUCACGAAUGAUUCCUUCUUCGAAAACUUCGAAUUUCUUCAACUCUUCUCGAACCACUCUCCUCAAAGGAUAUCUCUUUUGAGCCCUCAAAAUUGGCUCAUUCGAAACCCAAUCUUUUUCCAACUUCGGCCCAUAGCUUGGCCUUUGUACCAAAGCCUCGUUCGAACCAAAGAAUGACCCACAGACUGGUUCUGGCUCGACCCACUCACCUCCAAACUUUGGCCCAUAGCUUAGCAGUACUAUAUCGUCGAGUUUCAAAGCGUUUUGCUUUGGUUCCAACAUCCCCAUCGUGAUAACACCCAACUCAUGGUCGUGACAUAAUAUAAUUAAAACAAUAAGACUCUCCACAAAUGUAGUGUGGUUUAGGGGGAAAAGUGGAGAAAUAACCCACAAUGUGGGUGGGAAAGAUGGAAAAAGCGGAGAAAUGAGAAAUUUUGGGUGGAAAAACCGAGGAAAGUUUAUCUGCUAACUUGAAGAUUCGUUAGCAGAUACUAACUGAUAUCCAAAUUAUAUGAACUAAUAUCCAAGUACUAAAGUAUCUAGAGAGUACAGACUAGUAUCCAAAGUUUGCUAACAGAUAUCCACCAUGAAUCAACUAUUAUCUCAAAUUCACAAACUAAUAUCUAGACAACACAGAAUAGUAUCCAAACAGCACAUAAUUAGUAUCCAAAUAACACAUAAGAGUAUUCAGAUAACCCAUAAGAGUAUCCAUAUUGAAUACUAGUUGGUUGAUUGUGGAUAAUAGUUGGUAUAUGCUAUCUAGAUACUAGUUUGUGAUGUUUUGAAUACUAGUUUGUGAUAUCUAGAUACUUAGGAGACUUGGAUAUUAGUUCAUACAUUUUGGAUAUUAGUUAGUAUAUACUAACGAAUUUUCAAGUUAGCAGAUUAACUAGGUUGGCGAAAACCCACCAGAAGAAGACACAAGGUGGGAGAAGGGGAAGGGGUGGACCCCACGUCAGUUUGUUUUUUUCUUCUUUAUUUUAAUGGUUUAGUGUUUAUUUGGUUGUUUUUAUUUCUUCUUAAUUGUGUUUAUGUUCAACUAUCAAUGUAACAACUUUCUUGUAUGAAUUAUUGUGAUUUCAUCAUUAAUGACGUUAAUUAGUGAUGAAAAAAUUAUGUCCAAAUUAGAGAAAAAUUAUAUCGAAAUGUUCGUAUUCAUUAAUUAUCACUAAUUAUGUAAAAAAAUCAUUAUAUAAAAAUAAAGUGUUGAAAUUAAC